AUGGGAAAUCAAUGCUGUGCUGCCACUAACGUUCCUGAUCAAGUCAAUACCAACGCCACUCAACAAUAUCAAUACGAAGCUUAAGUUGAAAAUGAAGAAGGUGCUAACUAAAACCUUGUUAAGGAUGUCACCACCCCUGCAGUCCAUGCUUAGAACGCAGAAGCUGAAGCUGACAUGAGAGAAUAAAUCGAAUAAAAUGUUGUUGAAUAAAAGAAUGAAGAUGAAGAAAAUUAAAGAGAAGUUUCAGAAUAUGUCUUCAUGAGAUAAUUAGAAACCUUAAAGCAAGCUAUCUCCAAAGCUGAAAACUUGAAGGAUCUCGCUAACUACGGCGCUGUCUUAACCAAGGCUAUCAGCUAAGUUGAAUUAAUCAUCCAACUUUUCAGCCAAACUCUCCAAAUUCCUACUUACAUUAGAGAAUUCAAGACUGAAGUUAUUGGCUUAUACGGUGAUUUAUAAAACUUCAGAGCUUUCCAUUUAAGAUAUACCAUCGAAUAAGAUUACUAUCAAUGCUUAACUCAUCUUAGCGAACUCGCUGACUUCUUGAAGAAGGUCUUCAACAGCUAAUACAAGGAUGGUAAAUUCCAAUACGAAAUUAUCUUCUAAGACUUAUACAAGGGUGACAAUCACUAAGCCUUCGAAGAAUUGAAGUAAAGAUUCUACAUGGUCAGAGAUAUUUACAACAGAAAAUCUGGUUAAAACUUCUCUACUUUACCCAAUUACCUUUACCUUAUUUUUGCUGAAAAGAAGGGUUUCGGUCUUUGGAACUAACUCUUCCCUCACCAAUUUGAAGUCUCCAACACUCAAUUCUCUGAAGCUUAUGCUGAGGAAUGCAGCAUUUCAUCUGAAUAGAUCCUUAAGAUCAUUUCUCUCCUCGACAAUGCUAACGACUAGAGAGUUGAUAUCUACCAAUGGAUCGGUUUCGUUGAAUCUUAUGCUAACCACCUUGAUGAAGAUGGCAAGAUUCUUUAAGAAAACAUUGAAAACUUCACCAAGGAAGUUGAAAAUAAGGCUCGUGCCAUGAAAUCUGCUCCUGUCAAAACUGAUGACACCUGGGUAUUCAGAUCUGGAUUAAAGUACAAGGGUGAUCUUGACGAACAUCACAAGAGAUAAGGAAGAGGUCAUCUUAUUGAUGAAGACUAUGAAUUCGAAGGUAACUUCUUGAACGACUUACCCACUGAUUACGGUGUUGAAACCAGAAAGAAAGUUAAAUAUGAAGGUAGCUUCCUCAAUGGUCUCUACCACGGUUAAGGUACCUUGACUUUCCCUAAUGGUCGUCAAUACACUGGUGGUUUCGAAAAGCACGCUUUCCACGGAUAAGGUGUUUUAACUGGUGAUGAUGGUAUUAAAUAUGAAGGUGAAUGGAAAUAAGGUGUCCUCGAUUUUGGUAAGAUCAUCUACCACGAUGGAUCAUACUAUUUCGGUAAACUCGCUAGCUCUUUCUUCAAGGACGGAAAAGGUAAAUUAUACGUUAUUAAGCCUUCUCUUUCCAACGCCUCUGCUUAAGCUGAAAAAUCUAUUGAAUACAUUAGUGGUGUUUGGGAGAGAGAUGCUCCUAAGAGUGGUAGCAUAUAUAACUUACUCUAAGAAGCUGUCUGCUACGAAGGUGAAUUAUCCAACUGGUCCAUCACUGGUAAGGGCAAGAGAUUGUAUGUCGAUGGCUCAUAUGAAGGUGAACUCUUAAGAGAUAAGAAGACCAACUAAGGUACUUUGACCUAUAAGAAUGGUGACAAGUACGUUGGUAAAUGGCUUGAAGAUAUGCAAGAUAAGGGUACCUACUACUACUCCAAGGAAAAGGAUCACUACUAUGAAGGUGAAUGGAAGGAUGGUGUCAUGUGCGGAUAAGGAAAAUUCUCCUACACUUCUGGUGGUGUUUAUGAAGGUGAAGUCAAGGAUGGUAAGAGACACGGCAAGGGUAAGUAUAGAUAUGCUAACGGUAACACAUACGAAGGUGACUGGUCUGAAAACAACCAACACGGUGAAGGUAAAUUCACUUAUGCUGUAAACAACGGUGAAGGUGGUGACGUAUACUAAGGACAAUUCCAAAAGGGUAAAUUCGAAGGUUUCGGUCACUAUUACUAUAAGAAAUCUGGCAAACAAUAUAUUGGUUUCUGGUAAGAAGAUAAGUGGAAUGGUGAAGGUAAAUUCUUCUCUGCUGAUGGUAAGAUCAUCAAGUGUGGUGUCUGGAAAAAUGACAAGCUCGAAACCUAAAAGGUUGAAACUGAUAUUGUUGUUCCCAAGAUGCUCGAACACUUAAUCCUCAAGAUUGAACAUGCUCUCUGA